ACGCUUGCGUCUGAACCUUGGGCGGUUGACGUCAGGCGCUUUGUUACGGUCUCCCUGUUCCGCCAUCGUUUCGUCGAGGUCGGCUCAGCCGUGUGUGUCUGUUGAAGAUGGCCGCUGAUCCACUCUCUGUUUCUUCUAACGCGUCCACGAACAAUGAAGGUAUUCUUAUAGGUGAUAAAGUAUAUUCGGAAGUGUUCCUUACCAUCGACAACUCGCUUGUACCCGACGAAAGACUCUCGACGACACCGUCGAUGCUCGAUGGCCUCGACCUGAGCACGGAGACCGACCUCCGCAUCCUUGGAUGUGAACUCAUUCAGUCCGCGGGUAUCCUUCUUCGGUUACCUCAGGUGGCCAUGGCAACAGGACAAGUACUUUUCCAUCGUUUUUUCUACUCCAAAUCCUUCGUGAAACACAGUUUCGAGAUUGUUGCUAUGGCUUCCAUUUACCUCGCCUCGAAGAUUGAAGAAGCGCCACGGCGAAUACGAGACGUCAUCAACGUUUUCCAUCACCUGCGACAGCUUAGAGGCAAAAAGACUCCCAGUCCAUUGAUACUUGAUCAAAACUACAUAAAUACCAAAAACCAAGUGAUCAAAGCGGAGCGACGGGUCCUUAAGGAGCUGGGCUUCUGUGUUCAUGUCAAGCAUCCACAUAAGCUUAUCGUCAUGUACCUCCAAGUCCUUGAAUGUGAGAAGAACCAGCCUCUUGUUCAGACUGCCUGGAACUACAUGAAUGACAGUUUAAGGACCAAUGUGUUUGUGAGAUUCCAGCCUGAGACCAUCGCUUGUGCCUGCAUCUAUCUAGCUGCCCGAGUUUUGCAGAUCCCUCUGCCAUCCAAACCUUACUGGUACCUGCUUUUUGGGGCCAAUGAAGAUGAAAUAAAGGAGAUCUGUGUGACGACGCUGAGGCUAUACACAAGGAAAAAACCCAACUAUGAGCACCUGGAGAAAGAGGUGGAGCGGCGUAAAGUUUUCCUGGCAGAAGCCAAGCUGAAGGCCAAAGGCCUGAACCCCGACGGUACUCCCGCACUGUCCACGCUGGGGGGGUUCUCCCCCGCCUCCAAACCGUGCUCCCCCAAUGUGGUCAAACUGGAAGAGAAGUCUCCAAAUCCUCCAACCAUCAAAGCAGUUAAAAAAGAGCAAGACAGCCGAACCCAAGUCAACAAAAGUCCACCAAACGGUUUAAAAAAGGAAGCAAAGAUUGGAAGAAACAGCAGAAGUGGAAGUCGUUCUCGAUCAAGAACGCGAUCGCGCUCAAGAUCCCGCUCUCCUCGUAGACAUUACAACAGCAGGAGGAGCCAUUCGGGGACUUACAGCUCCCGCUCACGGUCCCGCUCCCACAGCCGCAGCCCGUCGCCUCGACGACAUCCGCACUCGCCCCUCCUCCCCCACCUCAAGUCCAAAUCCAGCCACCACAGCAACAGCGACUCCAAGCUCAGCGGACGCCACGGCAUCAGCGGGGGCGGGGGCUCCGGCCACAAGAGGAAACGCUCGCGCUCUCGCACGAGAUCCCGCACUCCUGUCAAAGUGGACCGGGAGCGGGAGAGGGAGCGCGAAAGAGACAGAGAACGCAGCUCCCUAGAAUUCUCGUCCAAGAAACACAAACACGAGCGAGGAAUGGGACACCGGGAUCGGAGGGACAGGGAGAGGUCUCGCUCCUACGACAGGGACAGAGACAGGGAGCGGAGCCACAAGAGCAAACACCACAGCAGCAGCGGCGGCGGCCACUCGGGACACGGCCGCCACAGGCGCUGAGACACGGCAGCAGGCAGGUCUGGGGCUGAUGCUCGCACCAUUCAUGACACGUCCAGUUUAUUGUUUUUAUGCAUCAGGAACAUGAAAGCACUGCCUUAAGGAAAACCCUAGACGUGUUGACAGCAGCUUGUGCUGCAGGUUACCGAAAACAAGGCAAUCGUCAUUAAACAGUUUUCCAUAAAUCAUUAGAUUUUGUCGAUUCUGUUACCUAUCAUAUCCAUGAAUAAAGUCUAUAAACCUCAGCGUCUAGAAACGUUUGGGUGCUUGAAUGGAAGCCCUGCAGUACUCCUGAGAAGCAUCAGCCCCAGAGCCGCCCCCCUCCCACGCAGUUCUACUCUUCAACACCUAAGAAACCAUCCAGCCCACUCUGUGUUUCUGGGUCAAGGUGUAAAGUUACCAUUAUUUUGGGGGAAACGAUUAUUUACAGUGUAAACGAUUGAUACCCACCGACUAAAUAUGAAUGCUUUGAUUUAUAAAAGCGAACUCUUCAGUGGAAAGGUGGAAUAUGUUAAUGUAAAAGAACCUUCAGGAAAAAUCAACAUGUUUGCACAUGGAGGGCUGACGGUGUUUUUGGUUCUUUUUUUUUACUGGACAGGUUUAUGUUGCUUUAAUAAGAAAAUGUAUUCUUUAGUUAUUUUUUCUUUUCCAGCAGGAAAACCGGACUUGAUUUGGGGAAAAAAAAAAAAACCUUUUAAGAUUUGAAAUUUGUAACACUGGUUUUUAGUCUGCACGUCUCUGCCCAAUUUUUAUUCAUAAAUAAAAGACUUAUGCCACUGAA